AUAUCGAUUCCCUCACCGGCCGCUAGGGCGCACUCACGUCUAAUCUAAAUAUGGCGGCGCGAUCAAUGAAGUUGUAGUGAGUAGUGAAGUCUAGUGUAAAAAAUUGAAAUGAUUGAAGUUUGUGUUAUAUUUGUGAGUGGUAUUAACGAUUAAAUGGGCCAUGGGAAGAGGCCAGGAUUUAUUGGACGCAGCGCGGAAGGGAGACGAGCGGAGUGUUGAGAAAAUAUUAAUUCAAAUAACUAAAAGGAGUGGUCCUUUUACAAGUUUAAGAAGAGGCGCUGGCGUCAACGUUCAGGACGACAAUGGGUACACACCGCUACACCAUGCAUGUCUUCAAGGCCACAAAGAGAUAGUAAGUCUGCUACUUAACGUGGGCGCGAAUCCAUGUGUAGUUGAUAAGAUGGGUGCGACCGCUCUCCAUCUAGCCUCGUGGAAAGGGGACGCCGAGACCGUUGCCAUGCUACUGGCUCAUAACAAUCCCAAGGUCGACGUCAACCAGCUGACUCUGGACCAAGAGACAGCGCUCAUAAUGGCCGCACAGUAUGGAUUUGUCAGCGUGGUUGCCCAACUGAUAGCCAAAGGCGCUGAUGUUUCCAUAAGGAACCUGAAGGGUGAUAGCGCUUUGGAUCUAGCAGCUCAGUAUGGCAGAUUGUCGACCGUCAAAUAUUUGAUACAAGUGGAACCAGCGUUAGUACAUCCAUACAAAUAUCCUAAUUGGAGGAAUCACAAAUUCUGCUCAACACCAUUGCACAGAGCCAGCAAGAAUGGGCACAAGGACGUGGUGCAAGUGCUUCUAAAGGCUGGAAUUGAUCCCAAUAUACGGACUAAUUCUGGUACACCGCUGCACGAAGCGGCUUGUUUUGGCAAGGCGGCCGUAGUCGAAGUGCUUCUUAGGGCCGGAGCGGAUCUUAAAGCUACUGACAGUAGAGAUAAGACGGUCGAGGAUCUAUUAGCUGAUUACUCCGAAGAAGUCACGAGACAAGUCAGAUGGGCUAUACAGGUACACAAAAAUAAAGGAAGGAAUUACGAGAGUGAAGACGACGUGCCACCGUUUCCGGUGGACUACAGCCCUACCAGCUACCACGCUCCCAGUCCGAUGAAACACCCAGAGUUCCAGAAAGCAAAUAAUCUAAGUGAUAGCGUAAUAACACCAUCUUCUUCCUUUCUCACUAAAAAUCCACCCCAAAGUUUCGUUAAAAAGCUUGCCUCGAAAUGCUUGGGUCUGAAAGCGAAAUUUAACUCUGCUCCUAACAUUUCUAAUCCGGGAUUGGAGUCUAACGUCGAUGGGAAGUCAAAACAUUCCGAAACAAAGAAUAGCGCGACCGCAUUGCAUAUAGGGAAUAGUAAAUUUUUUAAAAUUUUGUCGAAAAAGGAGGAAUCUGGUGACAUAGAUUGUACAGAUGAGUUUGAUACUAUAUCGCUAGAUAGAUUAGGUACAUUAAAUAGAGAUUCUACAGUAAAUAGAAGCAAUAGAAGUUGUCCGGGUUUUAAGACUUCUCUGCCUAAUAUAUCCGAAAAUAAUGAAUUAGAUGAUUCCCACGAGUCGCUAACCGAUAAUGUGGUUAAUUAUAAGUCGGACUGUGAUUACAAUAAGAAUAAUGUACAAUUAACGGAGGCCAUAAAUUACGAUAGCAAGUAUAAAGUUUUUGAACCAAGGACCAAUAGUUACAGGAAAUCAACAAACUCAAAUGUGUCCUUAGAAUCUGCAAUUUUAGUUAACGAAUGUUAUGAAUCAUACGAAUUUUCUCCUAAAAGUUCAACCGAAUCGGUGUCGAAGGUAGAGAAUAAAACAAUUCCAAAACCGCCUCCAAGAACGGCUGUGUUAUCUCCAGUAGAUAACGAAGACGCAAUUUACGAAAAUAUAAAACCAGCUAAAAGUAUGAAUCGACCCACACCGGCAGCUAGGACUCACAUAACUCCCCAAAGCGAUUUAGAUAAAAGGUCUUUGUAUGAGAAUGUUUCGCUGAAGCCCGAAAGGAAGGCUCCGGAACCACCGAAAAGAUCUUUCAUACCUGCAAACAUACCUUCAGAUACAGCGAGCAGUGUCAACAGAUCUAAUAGUGUCAGUAGCUCGUCUACGUCCUCCACUGAUUCUAUGAUAGACGAAUCCAAUCUAGAAGACAUUUUGUUAUCAGAAAAAUCUAAAUCCUUUAGACACGGUAAGAAAAUAUUAGUCCGCAGGGAAUCAAGCAAAGCUAGCAUAAAUAGGACACAAUCUAACGCGUCUGACUUUUCAGAUGUAACUGAAAUUAGUGCUCUUGAGAAUGUUGAUUGUAGCGGUGAUGAUAAAUCAAUUUAUCUGUCAAUGACAGGAACGUUGCCCAACCAGAGAACGGAAAAGACCAAAAAGAAAGUUCUUUUUAGGCAUAAAACAUUCACUAACAUAGAAGUAGAUAGAAAUUCGAUAAUAUCCCAGAAUUUAACGAAACGAAAUCCAUCAUUUGUCAAAGAAACGCUACCAAACUAUCACAUACGUGGUACCGGUCACUGCAUAUAUAAAGCUCCAACCGUCGAAGAAUUUAUAUAUAUUUUUAAUCGAGACACUCUUUAUAGUGACGUAGAGCCAUUUACUAAAUUACCAAACGAUAAGCGGGAAAGUUACUUCGAGACAGCUAUAUGUUUUUGUAAACCACAACCUCCGAAGCAUCAUAGCAGUGCGGAAGAUUUGUUAGACAUUCCAGGCAUUGAAAAAGAUGAUGAUAAGGUUUUCAUUGACACGGAGUCGCUUAGAAAUAAUGCAGAAUAUGUAUCGUCGUCAUUCCGAUGCUUUUGCGAUUCUGGAAAUUGCUCUUUGCACGCCAAUAGAGGAGAGAGACUGAAAAGAGAGUUCAUUGUAAAAUUUUCAGCCAUCAAAAAGAGCUUGUCCACCCCCGAUAUAACUUUAGACAUUUCUCCUUCUUCGACAACACCAAAACGUACCUUGGUUAAAAAUAAAUCUGUGCCAUCAAAUUUGGAAGAUCCCUACGCUGUUGUUAAUAUUCAAGACGUCUUAAAAGAUAAAAAUGUUCAUACAGAUAGUCCCUCGUAUCUACCAAUGUCUGGCUAUUCUUCCAUGUCAUCUACAGACAGACCCUAUUCCAUUAAAGAUAUAUCCGAAGUAAUUUCUUUAGGCACAAAUUCCUUAUCGACUGACACCAACAAUUCUUUCACUGAUGCUACCUCUAUUCGUAAAUCUUCAUCAUCAGAAAAUUCUGGUCACUGGUCUCUGCAUACAUGCAAUUCGAACGUAACAGUAGUAUCGGACGCCUCUUUUAAAACGUGCUUCGAGGAAUCGUCCGAGGAAUCGGACGGUACUUUGCAUUCAGACGAGGAUACUUCAGACGCGGAGACUAUAAAAUCGGAUGUCAGUACUACGAAACGGCCCUGGGUUGAGAGCGGUUCAUUCAGAUUCGAUAGGCAUUCCGAUGACGUCAUUAAAGAGGAAGAUUCCGUAAAGUCCUCCAAAUUUGAGAGCGGUAUUAGCGUGUCUGGUUCCUCGUCUGAUUGUGAAGCCGAUAGCGCUUGUGUGCUUGCUUCGCUUGAGCGGAUCGGGGUGGGGGGUGUUCGCAGUGGGGUGCGGCGGAGGUGGGAGGAGGGGGAGGGGGGCAGCGAAAAUGACGCUCUCAGCGUAUCCAGCGCUGCAUCCAGCUGUGCACCCCAUGUGUUACAUCAUGAAUACAACAAGGUGUCGCCCACCCCUCCCAAGAAGCCUCCCCGAAGGAACUUGUCAGUGUCCCCUACUCACGUUAACUCCCCAUCAUCUGGAUACAGCUAUGAAUUGAGGGCUCAUGCGAGGAGUCAGGACGAUUUGGACGAAAUACAGGGUUCUAAACAUUAUCUUAAACACGGUAGAUCUGUCGAUCAGUACGUCGACAGCAAACUAUCCUAUUCAGAGUACGACGCAAACAAUUCCCCGAGAGCCAUACCAGUACCGAAUCCUAGGACCAGCAUCAAGAACCGCACUCAGCCCGUCGCUAUAACUGCCAUGUAUGAAAAUGUCGUCAUAAAAGAACAGAAUCCGAGGAGAAAGUUACGGAGGAAUACUUUCGGACCGCAAUACGAGAAUUGCGAAUUAAGAAUGACUGAUAAAAGGGUUAGAAAAUAUUCAAACCAAGAGAGAUCUUCCAUGGAGAGUCUGUUAGAUGACCAGUCCAUGGUCAGUCCGAGCGAUUGUGAGCGGUAUUGUGAGGGCGUUAAACGUGAUAUCCCCAUGUCCCCGACCCAUUACCAGCAACCCCCCACUCCCGACCACCCCCCGCCAUCGGCUAAGCAGGCGGAGAAUAGCAUUCACGAGAGAAUACGUCCUUUAAGUCAGGAGUACAAGCGGCGGUCUAUGCUCCGUGACAGUCAAACAGAGACUGAGUCUUGUUUGUUGCGCGUGUCGUCCGCGGUGUCCGUGGCUAGUGGCGCCACUGAUCGCAGCACAGACUAUGUAGAGGAAUUCGUAUGCGACGUGCCGUUCGCUGGCCUGUUCAAGGGCUCGACUACUACCCUCGACGGCAUCGGACUACGACCUAUGCCAGCCGAGCGACCGAAGACCUUGAGGAAACUAAAGUCUGUAUACGACUCGUCACCAACCGACACGUCGAAUGUAACCUCAAACACAACCAGCAAUGGACAGGGAAUUGAGGGUAGUAACGGCCUGGAGGAUGAAGUCAGGAAGAGAAGCAACACCACGAGCUCCACGCACAGCGGAGACAAAUCACUGUCUAUACUUAGCCCGUUUGAUGAACAGGAGGAAUGGGCGAAGAUAUCAGAAAUCAUGGCCUCGUUCGGCAGCAAGCUGGUGCGCGAAUCGGUCUUUGUGUCGGAACUGGAACAGGAGUUCACUUCGCGAUUGGGUUUGAGCUGCUCCGAGUCAAGUCUGAGUCCUUCCAUGGCCUCGACCUUAGGACUCUGGCUAUCAGGACUUGGCAUGCACGAUUACGAACCUCUAUUUGUUGAAAGCGGCUACGACGACAUCGAUUUCAUUAACGGCAUUAUCAACGACAACGAUUUAAGAGAAAUGGGCAUAGACGAGAACGACAGACACAAAAUAUUAGAAACAUCAAAACAAUUACCUCUUAAAAUAAAAGAUAUAAGCAAUAAUUAUAACAAUAAUAGUAUAUGUAAAAAACAGAACGAUUCGGUUGACGAAUGGCUGAGGAACAUUAGUCUGGAACAAUACAGCGAAACGUUCAGGAAACAUUUGUACGUUGAUAUGGACAGGGUUAAGAGGAUCUGGGAGGUUGAGUUGACGGCUGUUCUGGAGAUAAAUAAGAGUGGACAUAGGAAGAGGAUUCUCUGCUCUGUAUCCGGUGAACAGAACGGCCCCGUCAGCAACAUUGACGAUAUUAAUGCUGAUCUCAACAAUCUGAAAAAUAAUAUAAACCAAUUAAAAGAGGACAUAAAAGAAAAGUUACCGCCGUCAGAAAACUUGAAGCCCGUGCCGCCACCCGUGGUUCCUAGUCUAGCGCCACCUGGAGGAGAAACGUUGAAACGAAGCAAAAAGAACAGGCCGGCCCCACAACCACCAAGACCCUCGGAUCUUGAGAUCAGGGCGCCCUCGGAACUUAUGGUGGGGGUCCCAGGAGCUCUGAAGACGCAGUGGAAACAUCAGCCAUUCGUGUUAGUGACUGGAGCUGUCACAUACGUCGCUAAUUACCUUGGAUCGACUGUGGUUAAGGAGUUACGUGGAACUGAAUCCACAAAGAAGUCCAUACAGAAGCUGAAGAAGUCUACCAAAGAACCGAGGGAUUCCCCUGAUAUUAUUCUCUCGAUAAGCUAUCGGGGUGUCAAGUUCCUUAACACCAUCACGAGGGAGUUGGUAUGUUCCCAUGAGAUACGGAACAUCCACUGCGCUUGUCAGGAUGCUGAUGAUUUGACGCACUUUGCUUACAUCACCAAAGACCACUCCACGAAGAGUCACUACUGCCACGUGUUCAGGGUUGCUACAAUGGAUCAAGCGACAGAAGUUAUUCUAACUUUAGGGGAGGCUUUCGAGGUGGCUUAUCAAAUGGCUUUAAGGGAACAGGCGAAUAGGGUCAAACCGACGGUCACAGCCAAAACUCCUACCCACGAUCCAAUGACCACCACCAAUAAAGAGAAACCUAACGUCAGCCAUGGAAGAUCACACUCCAUAACUGAAAUAAAAUUGAACGGCCAUCAAUUGAAGGUCGCUCCUAUACCAGCGUCCUUGUCAAACGAAGACUUCCAAGCCAAAGAAGCUUCUAGAAGUCAGAAGACGUCACUCAAAGCGCCGAUAGCUUCCACAGAAGAAUUGUGAAAUAACCUUGUUGCUGUUGUUAUCGACUUUAGUUAUAUCGUUUAUAAGUCAAUGCUGGUUUUUAUGUUCAUUAUAACAAACUUAUAACAUGCGGCCUAGUUUCUCGGCUGAAAAAUCUUGAUUUGUCUUCCGAUACAGUGACGUUUCGAUCACAAUGAAAUUAUAAGGCUUAGUACUCAUUCACAUCUCGAAUAAAAUAUAAUUAGGAUGAACCAAUAAAUAUAUAUAAAUAAGUAUAUGGGUGUUUUAUUGUUGUAACGUAGCGAUUAUAUUUGUAACUGAUUUUGGACAAAACAUUUUUUGGAGCGUAAUGUUAUUUUAAUAAUUUUUGUACAAUAUAUAGAUAAUUCAUGUUUUCUUUUUACUAUUGAAUAGUAAAAAAUCGGACGGCUGUUAUAUUUAUAUUAGAAGUUAUUGUAUAUUUGUUUGAUAUUAAAUCAUUUUUUUUAGGUUUUUUCUUCAGUAUUUUUGUACGUACGGUCUGGGUUUGUUGGGAGGUCGUGUGUUGGCCUGGCGUUGCCGAUAUUAUAAGGAUAUUUAAAAAGGAAUAUAUCUUAUUAUUUUAGCGAAUACAUAUCAUACCAUUGUUAAAUUACGAGCACUAUGUCUACGACGGAUGUUACGAGUAGUGUAUAGAAGUUUAAAUUCAUAUUAUUGUCUUGUAAAUGACGAAAUAUUAAAAAAAAAAAUUUGAAAAAAAAAAAA